CGUAAAAUCACUAGCACCGCGCGUCUGAUCUGACCAGUGUCGGAUCACCUGCGACUUACACGCCCUCGCCUUACACAUUUACCGAGUGCUAAACAGAUACCACCACCCAUCAUGCCGUCUUUCGAUCGCUACUACGCCUCGUCGCCCGUCGUCGCCAUGCCAGCACAGGUUGCCCACAACUUUUCGUUUGGAAAGUCCUACCUGGACCAACAAGCCUCGCUCAGCCAGCACGUCUCAUGGCCGCAACUCCUCCGCAACUGCUCCGCGGCCGGCCGCAAACGCUCGCGCGAUGAAGCCGCCGUCAACCUCGAUCCUCCCGAGAAGAUUGCUGAGCCCGUCAUCCAGGAGUCGGAAGACGAAUGGGUCUACGGCCCUGGAAUGACUCUCAUCAGAAAGACUGGCGGAUAUGUCGCAGAUGCCAGCAGCCAAUCCGGCACCUGGGUCGAUGAGAAGGCUGCCGCCGAAACAGCACGCAAGUCGGAAGAGGCUCUCAGCCUGCAGCAACAAAUGUCCCAAGAUAGACCAUCCUUGCGCAGCCACAAAUCGCAACGGCUCGAUGUUCGCUCCUCCAACAGCAAUCCCACCAGUCGCGGCGGCAGCCCCUUGCGCGACACAAGCAACCCAAUGACCGCCUCAUCGGAUUCGUUGGCUGGCCCAAUCGUUGACGACUUCACCGUUCACCUCGGCAUCGGGUGGGCCCGAAUUGGCGAGAACAUCCAAGUCGCAGCUCGUGGUUGGGCGCGCUACAUUGAAAACCACUACCCCGUCACCAAUGCCAAGAUCCUAUUGGAAAGUCGUGGCCUGCAGGCGUACCUGGUUGAGGCUACCGAAGGGUACUUUUUAUUCGCCGAGAACCUUCGUCAAGGACGACUUGUCAGCAAGACUGCCGACGGCAUGCUGCAAAAUCUCAAGGGAACACCGCCUGUUUUUGAUGGCCCUGUCACCAUGGAUGCGUCUGAAACAACCAGGCCCUCCAAUGCUGGCCCAUCCAUCUUUGAUGCUGCCAGCGAGAUGGACAUGAGCUAGAGCGUCGCAUCAAACAAAGCGUUCUUCUUUCAAUUUUGAACUCGGGGUGUUCUUUUGUGGUUGGUUGGCGUUAAAGGGGACUGGGCGACAUGCGUUACGGGCGUUGAUUGGCGAACGA